UCCCUCACGUGACUGAGCCAGUGUGCCAUAACGCUUCCGGUUGUAAAAAAUAUAUACAUAAACGUUCAAACUGAACUGACGUGUCGCUUUCAACUUUCAGUUUCACUUCCACGUCACUAGUGAAGAAUUUCAGACCCCUUCGAAGUCACAUUUUCCCCUGACAUUAGUCGAAAAAGCAGGAAGUUUGGCUUUCUAAGCGCCAAGUUUCCUUCUGGGUGCUCAUAAACAUGCGCGGCCGUCAGAGACGCUUCCAGAUCGGCCUGCUGCUCCUGGCCUCCCAGCUCUACCAGGCGGGUUUGAACAACAUCCCCCCCGCCACCCUGGCUGUCCUGGGCCUCAACGUGUACCUGUUCCUGUUCCCUGCGGCGCCGCUGAUGGAGACUUGUGUUAGCGUCCAGGAAACGUACCGGUUGAGAGACUGGCGGCGUCUGCUGCUGUCGCCCGUCCACCACGCCGACGACUUUCACCUGUACUUCAACAUGGUGUCCUUCCUCGUCAAAGGCAUCCGGCUGGAGCAGCGCUUGGGUAGCGCCUGGUUCUUCUACAUGCUGUCCGUCUUCUCCUUGCUCGUAGGAGUGGUCUACCUGGGACUGGAGGCGGCACUCACUGAACUGACCCACGACCAGUCGCACAGCAUGGACUGUGUCGUCGGCUUCUCAGGGGUGAUUUUUGCCUUGAAGGUCCUCAGCAACCAUUACCACCGAGGGGGCGUGACCUAUGUGCUGGGUUACCCCGUGUCCAAUUGCUAUGCAAGCUGGGUGGAGCUUGUGCUGAUCCAUAUAACGGCACCUGAGACUUCCCUGAUUGGUCACCUGUCAGGUAUCCUGGUGGGCCUGCUCUACACAACUGGACCGCUGGAGAAGAUGAUGAAAAUGUGUGCAGCAUGGGUCACAGCCAGCACCUUCCCCUCAAGCUCCGCCUUCGCAUCGUCAGGCUACAGCGGGACCAAUGGAGGCUACUCAAGUAGAAGCCACGCUUACUCGACCGCAGACUCCUCUCACGCAAGGGAAGUGAUUGAGGAGGAGGAGCUGGCGGCGGCCAUCAGGAACAGCCUCAAUGACAGAGGACGCCGCAGCCAGAGGGAAGCCCCGCCCCUUGUGUACGGCUUCCGCCUGUCGGAGGAGGAGCUGCGCUCGAGGAGGCUGAGAAGGUUCGACAGCUAAAAGCGUAAAAGUAAAAGAGUCGCAGAGGAAGAGCAAAGAGCUGCACCCAUGAAUGCCGGCUUCACAAAGGAGAAAGUGGCACGCACCGUCGUGUUUGAACGUUGGCCAUGUUUUCUGAGAAGCCUUGCAUGCUUCCAGCACUUUCAUGUUACUAUUGGACUUGUGAGGGCGGGACUCACCUGCAUGUUUGACUUAACGAAGAAGUUGUGGGGCUGUUACAUGACAAAUUGUUUGAAGUUUAAAACUCUGUAAUUACCUCCACCAGGGCUUCAGCAGUAGCAAGGAAAUGUACAGUACAGUACUGCUGAUGUGCUUCCUGUUUCAGGAAUAUAUUAUUUUAAAUGCC